UUCCUCCCUUCAUAUUCACAUCCUCACAACUCUACACACCACCAAUCCAAAUCUCUUCUUCUUCUUCUUCUUCUUCUCUUCUCCAAAGACUUAUAAGACCCCUUCUCCUUCAUUACUCCAUCUCCUUCAACAUCCUGAAGUCUUCUUUUUUUUGUUCUUGUGCAUGAGGCUCAAGUAAUUAAUAGUUUGAAUGUCUUGAUUAGUGGAGUGUUGUCAUCUCAAUCUUUUUGUCAUCUUCAUAAAAAACAUAACCUCUUGUUUUUUUCUUUAGUUUUGAGUCUUUUCUCUUGUUAUAGAAAUGGCUAGCUCUUCAAUGCAAGUUUGCUUGGAUACUUCUGACUGGCUUAAGGGAAUUGUUAGUGAAGAAGGUGGCAUGGACUCCUCCUCCUCCCCAUCCGGCGACAUGAUUGUGUGCUCACGGCAACCGUUGAUGGAGCGUAGGCUCCGGCCUCAGCACGAUCAUGCUCUCAAAUGCCCUCGCUGUGAUUCAACACACACAAAGUUCUGCUACUACAACAACUACAGCCUUUCACAGCCGAGGUAUUUCUGCAAGACUUGCCGAAGAUAUUGGACUAAAGGUGGCUCGCUGAGGAACGUACCCGUCGGCGGUGGCUGCCGAAAGAAUAAGAGAUCAAACAACAAGAAACACUCUGAACAACUACUUCACCAACCUCAACCAAUCUCUUCAUUCCAUGAUGGCACUACUGAUCUUCACCUCUCCUUCCCUCCAAUGCAACUGCCUUUGCUUGAGUCCUUACCUGACACUCCUCGCAACCUUAAUUUCAUGGAGUUUAAGUACAACCCAAUACUUGAGAGCCCAGUGAAUGGUCUUGAUCUCAUGGAUGGAAAGUUUGGAUCAAUGUUGGGAAGUGCAAGAGGUCAUAUGUUCAUGAAUGGAUGUGAUUUAGGAGUAGUGGGAGGAGAUCAUCAUGUGAACCAUCAAAUGUUUAACAAUGGAGCCAGUGGUGCUCCAUUUGGGUUUUCAGUUGAAGGUGGUCAUGGAGCAUUGAUGGAGGCUUGCCAGAGGUUGGCUUUGCCUUUUGGUGGUCAUGAAGAAGAUCCAAAUGCCAUCGAGGUGAAGCCGGCUGGUCGUGUGUUAUCGCUCGAAUGGCAAGAUCAAGGAUGCUCCGACGUCGGUCGAGACUCUUUUGGAUACUCUAAUGGGCUUGGUUUAUGGACAGGGAUGAUCGGAAGCCAAGGAUCUUCAGCUGCCAUAUGAAACGGAUUGAAUCCAUAUAUAUAUAUAUAUAUAUAUAUAACAACUACUUUACUAUUUUCUAAGACUAAUAUAUAUUUGAUCAAGUAGAAGGUUUUCAUUAUAUUCAUCUUUCUUUUGUUUGUUUGAAUGUUUGAUGCUCCUCAUUUGGUCAAGCAUUUCUUCCUUCUAAAGGAACUAUGCAUGUGAUAACCGUAGAGGAGAUGUAUGGCUUUCUCAUUUGAUGUUCUUGUUGCAUUUCUUUUCUUGAUCUUCUUUGAACCAGGCGGUAAGAUGUUUGAAAUUUAAGUAUCUAUAUAAGCUUCUCUUUUUCAUGAAUUUGUG